AAUCUCUCCCCCUUCUUCUCCGAAACGGCGAAAGGUUCUGUCACCUGUGUCAGCCAGACAUCUGAAACAGUGAAGUUUCCACCAUCUGGAGCGCUGAGGAGCAGUCCUGUGUUUUGCGGGCAGCCAUGUCCUCUUCCCGCGAGGUGCUCUCGCUGUACCGGGACUUCCUGCGUGUGGGCCGCAAGUUCAGCAACUACAACGUUCGCGAGUUUGUCAAGCGGCGUGCGAGGGAGGGUUUCCGCGAGGGCCAGGCGUUGACAGACCCUGCCACCAUCUCGGCAGCAGUGAAGCAGGCCAAGGACCAACUCGCGGUGGCCAAGCGGCAGUCUGUCGUGUACUCCCUGUUUGCGCAGCCUGUAAAGUCUAUCAUGGAGUUGAAGACGGCGGUGGGGGAUCAAAGCGUCACUGUCGCCAAGGCUUAAUAGCAUAUCAUUGAUGCAAUGCUGGCGAUGCUGGGCGAGCAAGGGGAUGGGAAGCAGACUGGAGGCGAUUGCGAGGGGCGCCUGCAGGCAGCAAGCCUCAAGAUUUGCGCUUAGCUUUGCGACGGAAGAUCAGAUUGCGUUCUUAGGUAGUGGUACAAGCACUUCGUUUUUUUGUGGGAGGCAGCCUUGCAAAGGUGUCAGCCUUGGCUCACUGGUUGAUCCACCACCUUUCUCGGCAAGCAAGCGUCCAAAACCUUUUCAUAAUCAUCCCACAUCCGUGCACCACCUCUUCCAUCAGAAAAGCAGCAUUGGACACACCAUGACGUUCCACACAGCAGCCCUUCCAGCAGCAACCCUCUCGGGGCAGGGCACUCGGUUAGAUGUACAGCCUGAUCUAGUUGCAGCAGAAGGUUUUCCAGAGGCAGCCGCAUCAGAUAUCGGCGAAGCGGAGGUUGACAUGCAUGGUGUGAAGACCAGAGGGGAGGGAUCAGAAGGCGCGUCAACAUCCAGGGGUUUUGGGGACAAGGGGGGCAAGUCGAAUCCUGGUGCCCUGCGUUUCCGGGAGCGGAUCAUGAUUGAUCGGGUCUUUGAAGAGCUGGGCCUGGACAAGCUUUCCGCACAGGUGGGUGGCAUCGGGAAGAAGGUGCGCCAUCAUGUGAACCCCCUGCGGGCGGAGUUCCAGGUGAAGACCCCGCCGCCAGUAUGGGCUGACGUCUUUGCGGACCCGUCGCUGCCGUUGCAUGUGGACAUUGGGUGUGCGCAGGGGCGCUUCGUGCUGACGCUGGCCAAGAGGAGCGAGGGGGCAACCAAUUUCCUGGGGCUUGAGAUCCGCUCGCAGCUGGUGGAGCGGGCAAAUAGGUGGAGUGCCGGGUUGGAACUGCGGAAUGCCCACUUUCUGGUGGCCAACGCGACCAUCUCCUUGGACUCCAUCCUGGCCACGUACCCGGGUCCGCUCACCUAUGUCACCAUUCUGUGUCCGGACCCUCACUUCAAGAACCGCGUUAAGAACCGGCGGGUCGUGCAGCCGUCGCUGGUGGAGGCCAUCUGCCAGAAGCUCGUGCCGGGUGGAAAGGUGUUCGUGCAGUCGGACGUCCUGGAGGUGGCCGACGAUAUGAAGUAUCAGAUCCAGGCAGCGGGGGGCACGUGGCUUAGCUUAGCGGGCGAGCACGCACGCACCGACCAGUGCACGCCACAGGGGUGGCUCCUCGAGAGCCCGCUCGGAGUGCCCACGGAGCGGGAGACGUUCGCGGUGGCUAAUGGGGAGUCGAUCUACAGGGCGCUUUUUGUUCGUAACGAAAGGGAGUUCCGAUGCAUAGGGGAUCUCGAAAAAGAUGCGGAGGGUCAGAAGUCACAGGUGGUGUAAUGCAUAAUACAAGCGGGCGUUCUGCCAAGGUGCUAUGCGAAUCAGUCGUCUUACCCAGUAUGGAGUGCAGGCCCGAUGGCCUCAACCCUGAAAGGUGACGACUGUCUGAUCAGGUGGGCAAAUACGUCAAGUGUCAGGGGGGUCUAACAGCUUAUAUCUGCGGAAUUAGCUUUAUCACAGCACAAAGACUUGAUUGGUGGUCGUUCCGCAGGAACUAAGCAGUUUAGCGCGCACAUUAUGCGUAUGUUAACCACCGUAAGCUGGAUUGUACCAAGCUUGGUCACAUGCAUGACCUGCAUCUGGCAUAGGACCCAGUAGUUCGAUAUUCAACAAGUAUAGUCAGUGUUUAUGCGCCUAGUGCGGUGAACAAUGGUGCAGUGAACAAGACAUGUGAUCUGAAAUGCAUUGUGAGAGUAAUAACAUGCG